UUCACUCCAAAUUCGGCACGGCGCGAGUAGCGUUAAUAAUUAUCACAUAAAUUGUAUAAGUUUCAUUGGUUUAACAGUAAAAUUGUUCAACAAUAUAAAGUUCUAAUAAUUAUAUAAAAUCAAUUGAAAAAUGUCGGGAAAUCAGUAUAAAAAUGUUACACAUUGUAUUUUUGAUAUGGACGGAUUGUUACUUGUAAUGAAUAAAAUGUCAAUGGCAAUUAUUAAGAAAUAUGAGGAAUAUAAAUUAAAAUGCACCAUGCAUCUGUAUGAGCGGAUUCUACUGUCAAUGAAAGGGUUAAAAAAGCACUCAUCAUGCAUACAGAAACACUUUACUCUGAAGCCUUUAAUCGUAUUGUAAAUCGCUAUGGAAAAGAAUUUACAUGGGAGCACAAAGCAAAAAUUAUGGGCUUUAAAACUAAAGCUAUUGCCCAAGUUACAAUUGAAAUGUUAGAUUUACCUAUGACAGUAGAAGAGUUUGAAACUGAGAUAGUACAAAUAUAUCAUGAAUUGUUUCCCUCUGCUAAUCUUAUGCCUGGUGCUGAACGAUUGUUAAGACAUUUAAAAGAAAAUAAUGUUCCAAUUGCAUUAGCUACCAGUUCAAACAAAGAGAACUUUAAAUUAAAAACUCAAAGAUGGACAGAGUUGUUUGAUUUGUUUGAUCAUAAAGUUCUUGGAGGUUCUGAUCCUGAUGUUGUUCAGGGUAAACCAGCACCAGAUAUCUUUUUGGUUGCUGCCAAACGUUUUCCUGAUAAUCCUGAUCCUUCAAUGUGCCUUGUAUUUGAAGAUGCUCCAAAUGGUGUAAAGGCUGCACUUAGUGCUGGAAUGCAAGUUAUCAUGGUUCCAGAUCCAAGGUUACCAAAACAUUAUAUUGAAAAUCCAACAUUAAUAAUAAAUAGUCUUGAAGAAUUUCAACCUGAAGUGUUUGGUUUACCACCAUAUAGUAAAUAAUAAACUUGAAAUAUGUUUCUGGUUAGCUAACAGAAUAUCUUGAUAUUAUAAGAGCAAAAUCAAUAUCAAAAUAUUGAUGUAUUUAUUGAUAUAAAAAUUCGUUAAAAAUAUUAAA